AUGGUAAUCGGUGGUCAUUUGUAUGCGACCGGGGACUAUCUCUAUGAUACCUGGAUAGUACCUGGUCGGUAUCUGGAUGCUACCGGGUAGGUACCUGCCUAGAGAACGGCCUCCGAGAUCAGCUUCACCGCCUAUUUAUUCCGAGCUCGUCAAAAAAGACUUCUAGUUCACCAAAGGCAGCUGAUCGAUAGAACUCAAAAGUUGUUGCUCAAAGUCGAUGAAAUGUUUGACUGAAACAACGAACGAAAUGAUAUAUAUUAUUUGAAAAAAAUCAAGAAAAAUUCUGAAAAAUCUGAAAAAGUCAUGCAGAGAUCAGGGCACUUAACACCAUCUAUGCCGAAGUAAAUUUUUAACCUCGGUGGUCCCCAAAAAAAUUAUAGAUCAAAUGAUGCCAAAUUUGGACCAAAAUCGAACAAAAUAAAAAGAAAUUUUGGAAAGAAUGAUCUGAAAAUAAGUCUCUGACUAAUUACGACAAAGCUUGAAACCGAUCGAGAAAAAUUAUAUGGAUCCGGUCGGAAACGAGAAGAUCGAAAGAAAGGUUCUAUCUGAAAGAAUGGAAGUCCUAUUCGGAAAAGCAUAGGCAUUAACAUCGACGGCAAGAUCUUAACAAAUCUUCGCUUCUCCGACGGCAUCGUCCUCUUCGCCAACAGCACCUCCGACCUGUCAACCAUGCUCAACGAUCUAGACGCCGUCGGAAAGAAGAUCGGAUUUCAGAUGAACGAGAAGAAAACGCAGUGGUUGAGGAACCGCUUCUGCGACCAAGGUAACGUCACCCUCGAAGGACGAGACCUGCUUGAAGUCAACUCCUACGUAUAUCUCGGCCGAGAAGUCAACAUGACGAACGAUCUGAAACCAGAGAUAGCAAGACGCCGACGAGCUGGAUGGGCCGCGUUUAACUCCAUAAAAGAAGUUACCAACCAGCUGAAAGACCCAAAACUGCGAGCGCACAUCUUCGAAGCAUCCGUCAUCCCCGCCAUCUCCUACGCGACUGAAGUUUGGCCUGACACGAAGAACACCACGACCGCCCUACGAACAUCUUACCGCGCAUUGGAACGUGCGCUCGUCGGUACCACUCGCUUCGAACAGUGGAAAAAAGAACAGACGACCUCCGUCAGCGGUCCCAAAUCCGGGACCUCGAAGAGCACAUUCAACGCGGGAAACAUCGUUGGGGAGGCCAUGUCAUUCUCAGACAAGAUGACGGCUGGUCCACGAGAACGACCCACUGGAUCCCGAGAAACAUCAAGCGCCCACCGACCAGAUGGACGGACUACUUCCGCAAGAACAUCAGUCAGCCAGGCCGCCACUGGAUGACCGUCGCGCAAGACCGAGCCGCCUGGAGAACGUGUGGUCCACGCUGAGAACAUCGCCAGCGAAAUUGGACAAUCAAAGUAAGUAAAGUAUCAAGUAAGUAUCGUAUUGCUGAGAACUCAGCACUCGGAAAAGAAGAAAACUGAAAUAUGGAACGUCGCUUUUUUCUUUGAUUCUGGUGUCACGUCCGUCCAAUUCGUCCAAACUCUUCUCGACGAUUUCCGGAAAAUUCUUCGACUCGAUUUGAACUUCUUCUUCUCUGUCGAAUUCGUCCGAUUUCUCCUGGUCUUCGGUUAAUCUUAGCGUUUCUUCGGAUUUUUUCGGAAGGUAAUUUCAAAAUGUAACAAAAAAAAACUAUUCCAUAAAAAUAAAUUGAAUUUCGCGUUCAAAACUCCAUAAAAGGACCGUGCUUCUAAACUGUGAAAUAUUCCGUUACGCUCAUAAAAUUAGCUUUUUUGAACGUGGCAUUAUAUAGUAGCUCUGAAAAUUGGUAAUACUUUUCAGCGCCGAGAUCAAAAAAUUAAGUUGAAUAGUUAGUCGCAAAGCUCAGGAGCAAGUCUAUUCGCUUCGAGGUACAACUAUUCGAUGUUGCUUCUUGCGAUAUAACGACUCUAAUGCGGGUCAGUAGCACCAGUUGGGCUAAUACGUCAUAAUUUUGCGAAACGGGUGCUACUUUUACGAGUUUGUCCUUCAUUUUGAGCGAUAAGAACCGAAAUAACUUAAAACAUGAGGAAAUAAAUGACUUAACGCGUUGAAAAAUAAACUUGAUUGAGGAGAGAGAUAAGAUCAUAGAAAUCAACGUGAUGACUUCCGACCAUAGGAAGGUAUUUUAUAAGCUUCCCGCCCAGAAGAGGACUCGCUCCCCGGACCGCGUCGGAAGAGCCAUGGACCCGCUGGAGCCAGGAGGUAUAAAUCCCCCUUUCCUUUACAAAUCUACACGGGCGCAGUCUCUUUUGACAAACUGAUAGAUUUGUAAUCCAUUAAAAAUGAAUCAAAAAGCGCUAAUCAACUCUUUUCCUACGACCUUUGGCCUGAGUCAGUGGAAAAUAAGUAUUACUGAACGUAGUAAGCCCUCCUAGCUCUACGGCAAAAGUUUACUUAGAAAGACUUUUUCUCAAAACGCAAAUUUCUGAACGAAGAGGGAAGAAAAAUGGCAAAACCUUUAUUAAGGUAUCGCCAUCGUCCACCAAAAUAGGUGAGUUACACCUUCACCUAGACCAAAAUGACAACUUUUUUUCAGGAGUAAAUGAACGAUCUAUAUCCUACCCAAGAGGAAACGACCCGAAGAGAAGCCUCAUUCCGCACACCUUCAGGACCUUGUCGCCCCUGAUUUUUUUGUAAUAAAUUUAAAUAAUUAAAGCCUUGUUAUAUUUUUUUCGAAAAAGAUUUUUCCCUCGGAAUGCUAAGAUGCGAAAGGAGGACUUAGGAAAAUUAAGAGUGACCCUGGAACUCUUUUUAUGAAUCUUGGCUUCCUGCUUUGAGACUUUUUUUUAAUUACUGGGACACUAUUAUAUUGCUGAGAACUCAGCACUCGGAGAAAACUGACAUAUGGAACGGUGCUUUUUUCACUGAUACUGGUUUCACGUUCGUCCAACUUGUCCAAACUCUUCUCGACGAUUUUCGGAAGUUCUUCGACUCAAUUAGAACUUCUUCUUCUUCUCUGUCGUAUUCAUCCGACUUCUUCUGGUCUUCGAUCAAUCUUAGCGUUUCUUCGGAAGACACUGUGUCACGUUGAACCUGAAAUUAUGAAGCUGUCCCAGUUGGAAGAGAAAACAUGACGUCACUAUAAAGUCGUCAUCUCAACCGUUAAAUCUUCCUCCAAAAGUUGAUCAUCAUGUUCAAAUAGUCGCUUUUCAACCGGUCAAGAGCUUUAAGACUGAAAUUUCAAUAAAAUAUAUAUUCAUUCUUGUAUUUAGAGGCCUUUGGGAACUGAAACAGGGCUUUCAGAAUAUUAAUAUCAUAUUUUUAAUCCCCCUUCAAGUACCACCUCUACGCGGUGAUGGGGAGGCAACGCCAUUUAUGGCGGCUAACGGUACACCGGUCACGCAAUUCGGCUUGCUCCUGCUAACAGAAUGGGCGGUCUUUUUUAGCCCUGGCAAGGCAAAAAGGAUAAUAAGACCACAAUUAUGCUAUAACACGUUCAACACCACGGAUGGAUUUUUUUCGCAAGAAUACCAGUCAACCAGGACGACAACACUGGAUGACCGAUUGCAUAAGACCUCCUGGAAAACGUGUGGUCCACGCUUCGAUCAAUAAAAGGCACUAAAAGGCAAUAAAAGGUCGAAAGCGAAGAUGGACCAUCUAAGUAUCUAAGUAAAUAAGUAUUUUUAAUCCUUUUCGUUACAAUAAUGAAUUGAAAAAUCUCAAAAACUUCAUUGAACAAAAAAAUAUCAUUUUCAAGAUUGCCAGAGGCCGCAUACUUUUUAUUUUCAUAUCCUAGCAGUGGGAUAAUUUUCUCAUUCUUAUCUCUGUCUCAAAAAUGGGCUAAAAAGAAAGAAAGUAUUAUUAAGAACCUAAAUUUGGACUAAUUAGAAGCAAAAUAAAGAAAAGAAAUUGACGACUUGACGCGUGAAAAAUAAACUUGAUUGAGUAGAGAGAGAUAAGAUCAGAGAAAUCAACGUGACGACUUCCGACCAUAGGAAGGUAUUUUAUAUCCUGAUCUCGAGGAAAGAGCUCGACUCCCGAGUGCGCCGGAAGACCCAUGGAGCCGCCGGAGCUAGGAGGUAUUAAUUCCCCUUUCCUUUUGCUCGGACCGUGGUAACGCGAAAAGGACGCGAAUCGGACGUGUCGGGGUAUUUCUAGUGACCACUUUAGUGGCCGCAGCACUCUGAAGUGAUCCCUAGAAUCGCCCAGAAACGUCCGGAGCACGUCCGUUUCGCGUUAAAAAUGUCCGAGUUGGAGUCUACAAGGGCGCAGACCUUCCAUGAACUUUUUCAUCCAAAAUUUUCCUUCAAAAGUAAUACUUUUUUCCUGAACUAAAAAGAUUAAAUAGAAGUACUUUUUCCUAAUUACAAAUGUCAACUGUUAAGAGAAGAUCUCGAUUAUAUUCUUGCGUUACUCCUAUAAUAGCCACUUCAGUUUCCUUUUCGAAGCGCAGUUACCAACCCGAAAGCAAAAAUUGUAUUUUCAAUCCUUGAAAUAUAUGGUUUUCAAAGCCGGACGUGAAUUAGACACUUGAGGAGUUGAGUUCGUACUUUUUUUACCAACCAACUGAGUAAUUUGAAGUUUUUUCAGCUCUGAAAAUAUGGAAAAAGUAUUUUAAGCGAAACUAUCAAAGAAAGAUCAAAAAAAUUGAUUGAAACGUGGCCUUUCUCUAUAAGUUCUUGUUAAAAGUACAUGAAUAAUAUGGUUUACAGACCGGUCCUGCGAUCUGCCACCACGAGAAGUCUUGAGAGCAGAGUCAAGCGAUUUUGCAGUUGAGCGAUUGAAAAAGAAAUCACUUCAAAAAUCUAUGUUUUCAGACAAUCAACGAAACUGAAACGAGUUCGCGCGGCGCCACACUUCUUCUUUUUAUAGGUAUCAUCCAAAAAUGUAUAUUUCAAUCUGAUAGUAAAACAGAAAAAUACCGUAUUUUCACUAACUUGGGCGGCUACUUCGCGUUUUUGUUGAAAAAAAACAGUCAAACCUUUUAAAGCUUGAUCAUAAUCUGUUCCUUGCUUGCUUAUUCAAAAACAUAGCUUCUUUUUCAUAGACCUCUUUGAUUUCAAAUGUAAAAAUGGGUCUGGCAGAAAUAUUGAAAGACGCUUGAAACAUUAUUUAAUUCAAAACUCAAUACAAAUUUUCAGAAGGUUGA